AUGACCGCCACCCGAUACUUUACCGUGGACUCGGUGGUCCAACCGGUACAGCCGGCAGCCUCCAGCUCGGCCGCGACGACUGCAGACUCCUCCGCCGCCGCAGCUCAUCCGAGCGCCGGACGCGGCGGUAUCGUGCAGGUCGUGGCCGGUUAUAACCGCGAUCGUGACCAAACCGAUACCGCGACCGCGUCCUCGCUCCAGCCCGCCGCGGACCAUCGGCCGACGUCCGUCGAUCACCUUCCUCUGUUUACGACGACGACGACGACUGCGCACUCGUCGUCCGGUGACGUUCAACGACAACAGUUACACCGGAAACGAUAUUCCGUCACCGACCUGAUGGACAAACUUCUGGAAGACAUAUACAGAGUGGGUGGUGGUGGCAGCGUGGCCUCCGAAUCGUCGACAGAUCAGACGAAUUGGAGCGACGGCGGCGGUAGGCCAACGAUCGCCACGAACGAAGGAUGGUCCAAGAGACUGACCAGAAAAAGUGUGGAAGAGCUGUCCACCACUGUUGACUUGCUCAGGGACCAGUUGAACGUGUGCUGCGAAGCUCUCGUAAAGGCGCUGAAGAGGAGGGACAUUCUGAUUGCCCGCCGGGACGCCAAGUGCAACAUGAUCACGGCUCUGUUGCACGCGUACUCCAUGAAACGAAACCGUCCGGCGUUCGAACCGUCGCCGCCGUCAUCCGGUCCGGGCAAGUCGAGACCCACGAGAUAUUCCUUAUCAAAACACAUUUGGAACACGGGCGAUGUGAUGAAUGGUUUGCUCAACACGUUGAAGAACAUUGCCAGUCUCAGCGAAGACACCAAAAUGAGAUUCAACAUGAAACCCGGGCCCGGUGACACAGACUUUGAACAGUGGCAGAGCGCUAUGAAAAUGGUCGCUAGACUUCCGGACGGCGUGCCGCACGAGUUCCGGAACACGUUAUGGUUGACUCUGGCGGAAAAAUACUUGUCGUCCAGGAACGUGGAGUGGCCCAAGGUGGAACGAUUUUGCUUCAACGACACGACCAACCCGGACGACGAGGAGUUGGGCGUGCAGAUCGUCAAGGACCUGCACCGGACCGGUUGCAGCCUGUUCUGCGGUUCGUCCGGGCUGGAAAACCAAGCGCUGCUGAAAAGGGUGCUGUUGGGGUUCGCUCGGUGGAACAAGGCAGUCGGCUACUGUCAGGGGUUCAACAUGUUGGCGGCUCUCAUAUUGCAAGUGAUGGAAAAAAACGAAUCCGACGCCCUAAAGGUGAUGAUAUACUUGAUCGAAGGUGUGCUUCCCGAAGGUUACUUUGCCAACAAUCUCCGCGGGCUGUCUGUGGACAUGGCCGUGUUCAGAGACUUGCUAAGAGUCAGACUGCAAAACCUAUCGAGACAUUUAGACAGGUUACAAACUGAAUCGAAAGACUCCGGAACCAGCUACGAGCCACCCCUCACGAACGUAUUCACAAUGCAGUGGUUUCUCACGCUGUUUUGCAAUUGUCUUCCUCAGCGCACAGUGCUUCGGGUCUGGGAUUUAAUAUUCCUUGAAGGAAGCACGGUUCUUUUGAAAACCGCCUUAGCUAUCUGGGAAGCUUUGUCCGACCGGAUAAUGACGGUGACAAGUGCAGAUGAAUUUUAUAGUAUUAUGGCUGUCCUCACCAGAGAAAUGCUUGAGUUCGGUUUAAUGGACGCCAACAAUUUAAUCAACACAAUCAGUACAAUGAACGAACUAGUCGAAGUCAAAGAACUCCGAGAAAGAUACAUGUACAAUAUAAAUCCGUGGGUGAGUCACGUGGCCAAACGAGGACUGCGAUUGUUCUACACAGAGUCUGACAUCGAGGAGACGGACAGCGAUGAUGACAUCGAUGGUAAAUCUUCUUCGGUGGUCACUGCAAACAAUGACCGAAAGGAUGGCUUCAGGACGAAACACAACAAAUCUGGUAGAAGCAAUAGGCAGCCGACUCCCAGUUUGGAAUCCGAAAGAGAAAAGGUUGCGUUAGACAUAUCUUCGUUGAAGAAACAAUACAGCAAACUCAAAGAAAGACAGAAACAGGUCCAAGUCAUUUUGACAGCUGCAUGUAAUGGACAAAACUUUAUCGGUACCUCUAACUCUUCGGCGAUGAAUCAUUUACUGUUCGGCAAAACGGCUCUGAGAUGCACAUCGAUCGGCCCCAUACCCGGAUCCAUACCGUUAAAAUACAUACAAGACGUCAAGAAACCGGAACCCAAAACAGACCCCCGAGUCCGAGAGAAACGAACCGUAUCGUCGUCAUCGUCUUCGUCUACGUCCACCGAACUCUGCGACGAUCCCGCGUCCGAUUGCUGCAGCGAAAGGUCGGUGGACGACGAUGGGUGCAACGGCCACGACGGAGACGGAGACGGAAACGCUGAUCUGGUCGUCGACGUCGUUGUAGAAUGUCGUCUGCCAGACGUCAAAUCCGGCAACGACGACGACAGUGACGUGAGUCUAGCCGAAAUGUUGAGAGCCAAUUCGGAACUGUUAAAGCGGAUGUGCAGAGGGAAAGCUCCGGCGGACGAUCCAGAAAUGGACUUGGAAGAGCGGUUGCCGGACUUGAUCAACGACAUCGGCAUGCUUGGAGAAUCGUUGACCACCUUAGAGACUUCGACCGCAGACGGCGACUACCGAGACUUGUUUGCGAACGACUCUAUAACCGCUGUCGAGGGUUCCACCGACGACUUCCGAGAUUUGUUAACGGGCGAAUCGCAAUCUGCAGCCGAGACUUCCGCCGCCAGUGACUUCCGAGACUUUUUUGCGGACGAGUCAUUAUCUGAGGCUGAACCCGAUGAUCGAGUACUUCCGCCCCAGCAAUCGAAAGGAAACCAAGACAACAUCGAGGAUUCCGCUACGCCGGCACCGAAACCAUUUGCUCCUUUCCCUUCGAAAGUCAGGCAGCCCAAACGGCUCGGCAUCGAGUUGGGUCUAUACCCGGACGGCUCGAAUUGA